AUGGAAGCUCUCAUUGGAAUGGUAGCAAAUGGAUCUAUUCUCCUUAUUAAUUUCAUGGACUGGUUCAGAAGGAAGAAACUGUCUCCAACAGAUCUGAUCCUUUCCUGCCUUGGCUUAUCCAGACUUUUGCAGCUGGCACUAGUGAUUCUGGAGGUAGCUAUAGCUAUUUGGUUUAAGAAUAUAUUUAGCAAAGCAUUCUUCAUAUUCAGCAGUGUAUGGCUGUUUACAAAUGCUUUGAACCUUUGGUUUACUGCCUGCCUCAGUGUUUUCUACUUAGUCAAGAUUGCGAUCUUCUCCCACCCUGUUUUUCUCCAAGUCAAGAGACGACUCUCUGGGCUGGUACCCUGGCUGCUUCUGGGCUCUGUGGUCUUCUCUACUGUCGUGACUAUUAUUGUUCUCAUCAUUUGGAGCUAUGGCUUUUCUACCUGCAAUCCCUUCAAAUCACUUUUAAGCAACAGGAGCAAUGCAGACGGGAACAUGCCACCCGUGUGUAAGCAUAUCACUACUUUAAUUGCUCCCUUUGAUUUUAUCCCCUUAAUGGUGUUUCUGUCAUCAUCCCUCUUGUUAAUAAGUUCUCUGUGGAGGCACAUGAGAAGAGUUCAAUGCAAUGGAACUGCGACCAGGGAUCUCAACACACAAGCAUACUUGAGUGCCAUCAAAGCUCUGGCUUCCUUUGCAGUUCUCUACCUGAUCAACGUUGCAACAGCCGCUUCACAAUCAGUACUGGUCUUGAACAACCAAUCCACUUGGGCGACUGUACUCUUUACUGUCCAUGCUGUUUAUCCCUCUGGACAUGCCAUCAUCCUGAUAUUAAUUAAUCCCAAAUUGAAACAGGCAUGGGUCAGGAUGAUACAUCACUUCAAAUGCUGUUUGAGCAAAGUACCAUCUUAA